AUGGGUCUCCCUUGGGGCGCGCACCACGUCGCGCACACUUUUGAGCUCACCACGGCGCUCCUCGAGUUUCAGAUCCCGCCGCAGGUCUCGCGCUACGCGUCGUUCCUCUUCUCCUUCAUCGGCCGUGGCGCCUUUUACAUCUUUAUCGGCUCUAUCCUGCUCAACGAUGGCGCUCUGCGCAUCAUCGCCGGCUCCAUCAUCGGCCUCAUUGGUGUCGCCUACGCCGUCCUCGAGUUCAUCCCCUCCAUCGAGCCCCCCGCCAACAUGCGCGAGGCCGACCAGGGCUGGGGCGCCGAGCAGGUCUAAACAGGACCAGUUCAUCCAAGCCUUUUUUUGUGGAGGGCGAAAGCAGGCUAUACAGGAACGUGGCUCCUCCAAGACACCAUUUGCAUUGGCGGAGGGAUUGUUGUGCUAUGCUCGAUGAGGCUAGAGUUGAGGAAGAAUAAUUUGGAUGGGGGAAUUCUUGCCUGCAGGCAUAUUUAUGCGGUUUAAGUGAAAGAGAGCCGUAGAUGAGAUGUGAUCUUUGGGUCUUUUUCAAAAGCCAGAGUUGGCGCAAUGGCAAGCUUAAUUGCACUAGAGGAUGCUUGUGGCUACAACAUAUAUGUAUUAUUCACAUGGGACAAAGCAUUAGGAUAUGUUGUUAUAGGUGUGAUGAUAUUAUAUGAUGACAUGCAGUCACUACCUUGUUCAAGCGGCACUUGUUGUAUUUUAUUAUGGUCACAGGAGAAGACACGAUUCCGUAAUCUCGAG